AGACGCAGAAGAAAGAAGACGCAGACGGAAGUCGAGACGAAGACGAUUAAGACAACGGGCCGCCUCCCGAGGGGAACGGCGGCAAGACAGAAAAGUGAGCUUAAAACACCCGAAGAAGAGACAUACACCUGGACGCAGACCCUGGGCACCGUCGACGUUUACAUUCCUGUCCAGGAAGGAACGAAAGCGUCUAACUGGGAUGUGAAGAUCGGCGCAGGGACGCUGAAGGUUGGCCUGAAGGGACAGACACCUCUCGUCGACGGAAAACUCCACAUGAAGGUGAAACCGGACGACUGCAUGUGGACUCUGGAAGGACAGAAAGUCAUCCACCUGAAUCUGGAGAAGUCGACCACAUGCGCUGGUGGUCCUGCGUCGUUCAGGGAGACCCAGAAUCGACACAAAAA